CUAUUCCACUGUCCUAUCGGUUGUAUACGCAUCAGCGAUGGCGAAGAUAGGGAUAAUUUUCUUUGCACUUUAUAUAUUGGCCCUCUGUGUAUCCUACACUGCGACGAGCCCGAUUGACUCAACUGCAAUAUACGAGACGGCAACAGCUGAGAACUUUACGGCUCCCGUCACCGAAGAAACAUCUCCCGAGACGGCCCCGAUUGACACAACUGCGCCAGUAACAGAUGAGACCCCAACAGAUCCUGAAACAAUACCGACAGAAACUGAAUCCCCCUUCACCGAAGAAACAUCUCCCGAGACGAGCCCGAUUGAAACUACUGCACCAGUAACUACUGCGCCAGUUGCAAAUGAGACGGUUCCUGAUACAGCACCAACAGUAAUUCAAACUCCAGUCACCCAAGAAAGCUCUCGCGAGACGAGCCCGACUAACGCAACUGCGCCAGUAACGGAGAAGACCUCUACAGUUCCUGAUACAAUGCCGACAGAAAUUCAGACUGCCAUCACCGAAGAAACAUGUCCCGACACAACUACACCAGUAACAGAGAAGACCCCUACAGAUCCUGGUACAACUCCGAUAGAACCUGAGCCUCCGAUCACCGUAGAAACAUGUCCUGAGACGAGUCCAACUGAAACUACUGCACCAGUACCUACUGCGCCAGUUGCAAAUGAGACUACUACGGUUCCUGAUACAUCACCGACAGUAACUAAAGCUCCAGUAACAACACCAGUAACAGAGAAGACCCCUACAGUUGAAAUUGAGACUGCCAUCACCGAAGAAACAUGUCCCGAGACAACCCCUAUUGCAACAACUACAACACCAUUUACUGUACCAUCACAAACGAAUGGUAGCUCUCCUACCCCAAUUUUUGCCGGAAAUACGACUCUAACCACCAUGAUAGCUUCUUCUACGCCUGCCACAAGUGGAACUGCCACGAACACUACAGUACGUACCACCGCGAAAACAUCAUCGCGCACCACUGCGAAGACAUCAUCGCGCACCACCGCGAAAACAUCAUCGCGCACCACUGCGAAGACAUCAUCGCGCACCACUGCGAAAACGACACCACCGACUACCGCUCGUAGUACCACGAGAACUACACCACCCAAAACAACUUUCACCAAUCCACCGACUACAACCAUACGCACCACUACUACAAAAUGCAUUCCAACAACUUGCGGUGAAAAUGAAGUGUUUAACUGCUGCGGACAGUGCGCCUAUAACACGUGCCGGGGAUAUGUUACCUGUCAAGAUCGGGGCUGUGUGCAGGGUUGCUUCUGCAUGGUAGGAUUCGUGCGUGCCCAUCCGAAGGGACCAUGCAUUUCGUACAAAGCCUGCCCGAAGCAAGAGUUUCCACCCUACAUCAAAGAGUAGAGCAGGGGCUAAAAGAAUGGUUUUAAAAUAAAAAGAUAAAUAGCGACCAAUGCACCUUAAAGCAUACAGUGGAAUACACGGUAUCUUGAAGCUGUGUAGUUGCUAGGCGGUAGUUUUAGUGAACAUCUUUACAUGUGAAUGUUUGUAAUAAAGUAUAUCGUUGGCGAUACAAUUUUGCAUUGAUUUAAAA